CGUCCCUUUGUUUAUAUUUUUUUAUCCCUAUUUAGAUUUAGAGGUUAUUAUAAGUAAAUAUAACAAUGCAAAAAUACGAAAAACUCGAAAAAAUCGGUGAAGGUACCUACGGUACGGUGUUCAAAGCAAAAAACCGCGAGUCCCACGAAAUCGUCGCGUUAAAACGAGUGCGACUAGACGACGACGACGAGGGGGUACCCUCGUCUGCUUUAAGGGAAAUUUGCCUCCUAAAAGAACUGAAACACAAAAACAUCGUGCGCCUCUACGACGUCCUGCACAGCGACAAAAAACUCACCCUGGUUUUCGAGCACUGCGACCAAGAUUUAAAAAAAUACUUCGACAGUUUAAACGGGGACAUCGAUUUGGACGUGGUGAAAUCGUUCAUGUUUCAACUGUUGCGAGGACUAGCGUUUUGUCACAGCCAUAACGUCCUGCACAGAGAUCUGAAGCCUCAGAACCUGUUGAUUAAUAAAAAUGGCGAGUUAAAACUGGCCGAUUUCGGAUUGGCAAGGGCUUUUGGUAUACCUGUUAAAUGCUAUUCGGCUGAAGUGGUUACACUGUGGUAUCGCCCACCAGAUGUACUUUAUGGAGCUAAACUUUAUACUACAUCUAUUGAUAUGUGGUCUGCUGGAUGUAUUUUUGCUGAACUUGCUAAUGCUGGAAGGCCACUGUUCCCUGGCUCUGACGUAGAUGACCAAUUAAGAAGGAUUUUCAAACUCUUAGGGACCCCCACCGAAGAAACCUGGCCAGGAAUGUCCCAGUUGCCAGACUACAAACCAUUUCCUACAUAUCAGCCCAAUAUGAGCCUGUCACAGGUGGUGUCUAAGCUGGGUAACAGAGGGAGAGAUCUGCUGCAAAGAUUGCUGGUGUGCAACCCCACUGAGAGGAUAUCGGCAGAAGAGGCCAUGCAACAUUCUUAUUUUAAUGACUUAAAUCCAUCGAUCAAGAAUGAGAGGUGUUAGGCUAGACAUUUAUAAGUGUAAAUGAUGAUUUUAAUUUGUAUUAAUUGUUUUUCCUUUAUUUGAUAUUAAGAGGUUUAAUUUUGUGCUGUGAUAGUUUUUAAUAUGUCGGUGAAAUUGUCAAUUUUAGUUUAAGUGUCUAUAAUCUGAUGUUAUUUAAUUAUUGCCAUAAGGAAGCUAUUUGCAGUUUUCAUGCAAGCCAGUGGUACUUUCCUGUAAGAAAAAUCCCCCGAGUCAUCAAAAUAGUGACUUUUAAAUUACUAAAGCAAAUAAAACAAACAUUCAAAAUAUGUUUAAAAACCAAAAUCCUGUUUUUCAAUGCUAAUUGCUUGAUGCGUUUGAUACCUUAAGGUGCUAAUUUCACGUUACAUAUAAAUACUUCUUUUCUUUUAAAUUCAAUCGUAUUAAUAUACAAAGGGUUCACAGUACUACUGAAAAUGAGCUCUGCCACGUUUUUCUUAAUUUUUGUGAUUGUGUGUUUAACUUUGGAAGAAAAUCGUGCAGUUCAACAUGAAAAUGAAAAUCACGUGGUAAGGCAAAGGAGGUCUCCAGAACCCCAAAGAGGAGGAUUCGGCGGAGGUUUUGGAGGAGGAAGAGGUUUUGGUGGGUUUGGAGGAGGUAGAGGUUUUGGGGGAUUUGGAGGAGGCAGAGGUUUUGGGGGAUUUGGAGGAGGAAGAGGAGGUUUUGGAGGAAGAGGUUUCGGUGGUAGAGGCUUCGGAGGGCCCUUUGGAGGGUUUAGAGGUGGAGGCCUCGGUAUUUUUCCUAUAAUUAUAAGAAGACCAUAUUAUUACUAUUAUUAAAACUUCUUAUUUUGUAAAAAUCUCCAUAUUUAAUAAAUAUAUAACCUUAACAAUUAAAA